GACUUGACGAUCGAGUCAGUGUUACUCUUGAUUUCCGCGCGAGCGCCGGGCUCGGCUUACCGGGGACGAUACCAGCCGCUCCACUUCAUUUGUUUCCAACCAUCCCCGGCGCCCUCGUCGUGUCGCGUGGUCGGACCCCUCAAAGGAUCAUUGGGAAAUAAUCCAACGUAGUGAACCUUCUCGCGACAAUCAACAAGAGAACUGCUAAUUUCAACGUGAAGACUUGGUCCCGUGAUACAUCGUGUAAAGAAUCAUUUGAGAAAAUGUUCAGUGCUGUAAAUCUAUGGAGUUUUGUAUUCGAUCGUCGUACGUUUGUGUCGAAGGAACUUUCCAAAGAGUCCCAAAAACGCGGAUUGUAAUCGUUUGAAUUAACACGGUGAUUCCGGUUGAAAAUAAUCGUCAUCGUUAGUUCGGACUACGCACAGGUGGAUGGUGAAGAACGAACGUUAUAACUGAAACGUUCGGUUUCAAGGUGAACGAGUGAAAUUCUAUGACGUCGUUAGUGAUAAACGAAUUUUCGGUGAACGAGAUUCAUACAUAGGUUCUCGUUUCAAAAACUUUGAUGUUGAAUCGGAGUAAAAGUGUACGGUUCAAAUCAGACCACGCGACGAGAUAAACCGUUAUCAGAGUAUGUGUACCGCGAUUUGUAUCGAUUCGAUAAAUGUAAUUCUUUUGUUAUUUUCACAUUUCACGGAGAAAAAUUGAAUUAGGUAUUCGCGACUUCAUAUUUCACCAUAAUUUUAUCGAAGAGACAUGCGUAUCGUGUGCUGCGUCGAAUUAAUUGAGAAUUUGAUUCGUUGCUUGGUACCAAAUGAACGAUAUUGAACUGGAUAUCAGUAAUAGUUUCACAUAAAUUGUGUGUCGAUGUGGGUUACGUUGUUGCAAGAAUUGCAGAAUCAAAAAGAUCUUUGGAAUUACGUAGACGAAUAACGAUAGUCGCUUUGGAACAUCAAUGAGCAGCGAUUUUGCAGAAGGAAGUGAAAAGAUCACUAUAGGUGUUUAUUUCUUUUUUCCGAUAUUGGCGCAAUUUUCCAGAACGAGAAAUCCAUGCUCAUUACGUAACAACGAGGAAUUAUCCUAUCACGUCUAAAAUCAUCUGAACUCAUAUGCGCGACACACGCAAUACGCGUAAUAAAUAUGUCGCAGAAAAUUAAGUGCAAAAACUGGAAAUUCCAAUUGGUAAAUUUUGCGACUUAAGAGUCGAUAACCGUUUUAUUAGAAGGAUUAAAAAGAACGAGCGUAACUGGUUUUGCAAGGAGAUUCAUGGAAUUUCUCAGCGUGGAUCAAAAUUAAACCGAACGAGCUUUGAAUCGAUCUGUGACAACGCCGGAUCGAUGACAAACAUUCGAUCUGUAAUCUCUUCGGAGCUCCGGUCUGAUCAUCCCCUCGCGCUAUAUCCCGAAUGAAUCGUCGUCGUGUUGGACGUAUAAAAUAAUCGUUAUUAUCAGCUCGAGCUCGACAGCGACGAGAUAACGCGCUGCCUGAGAAGCCGACCGGCUUCUCUCUGUCUCGCACGCACGGAGAUCAAAUUGCGAUCGAUCUCGAGAAACGAAAAUUACAGGAGAUCCGAAAGGAAUAUAUACCUUCUUAUCGGGAAUUCUACUACCGCUGGGGGGCAGGUUUUGAGGCGUACCAGGAUCGGAAGGAAGUAACGUAUAGUCCUCGUCGUUAGCAUCUUCGGAACGUCAUAUAUCUUGGCAGUAAUGCGCACAAAUUAUGCGUCUCGCGCCUCCACGGAGCCGAGUAACCAACGGUCGCGCAUUUGCACUUACGGAUAAUUCACCAAUUCCUUCGCCUUCCUUUCUUCCUCUCCCUAUUCUUUCUGUACUUUCUUGCGCCGUGUGUUUCUCCUUCUCUUCUACCCCUUCCCCUAUACCUUUCGUCGUUGUGGACACGAUUAUCCGUCCGUUUGUCCGGACAGUCGCUUUCGGGCGCCGUUUAUUCGUGAAAUUCGUUCGGCCCGCCUCAUCACGAACGUCUCUCCGUGACGGUGGCACGAUAUCAGCCAUUUCUUGAAGAAACGUGUUCCCGUGCUACCGCGAAUCGUCCUGCAAGGUGCACGCGCGUGUGACCGGUGUUUCUAACAGGCGUUGUAGUUGUUCCGGGAAGCCUGUUUGAUCGUCGUUAUUCGGUAAGCUCGCGCACGCCCUAACAACCGCCAAAGAGACUGGAAAGUGGAUUAACAACUUUUGUGUAUGGACAACGGGAAUGUUCACCGCAUAAAUAAAUGGACAACAUUGGUAUGUGCAAACAUUCCUAGCUGUGAAUACCGCAUGUCUAAUACACACGCAGAAAAGGACAAUUGAAAUCUUCGAAGAAAGUGAAAACGUGCGAAUAACUUUUCGAAGAUAGAUUUCAAUGAGAUUUUGUGUUCCAGACAGACAUAGUGUUACCUAUCCUUGAAUAUUACUUUCGGAUAAUCUUCCUACCGGUUAUCGGAGGAAUUCUUCAGACAGUGUCGCACAGCUGUCAGUGAAAAUAGGAAACAUAGAAUACCGUUACGCGGUAUUUUACCGAAGGGUCCGUUUACCUAGAUCUCGAAAGUGAACAGGCACGUGUUCGAGAGUGCAAUUACUUCAGAUUUUCAAAGAUAACUGUGAACGUUGAUCGACCCUGAAAGCUCUUGAAAGUAUUAGCGGAACAACAUACGUCCAAACCUAUAUCAGUAUCAAAAGGUUCACGUGUUAAUUAUUUUUUUACAUUCUGUCGUGUUUUCUUCGAUAACGUUCGAGUUAGAAGGAGAAUAAAAUAUAAAUAAAACGUGGAUCGGUAGUGAAAUUUCUCAGUGUAGAAUUUCUUGAGAGAAGAGUUUGAUUUAACACGGAAGAUUUUCAUCCAUAAGCAACUGUGUGAAGGAUAACGUUUGUGCUCUUUGGCGACGAUUAAUCCACGAAUGGUACCUACAGAAUUUCCUGCGAUACUCGUUCUGAUCGGCGCAGGAGCCAUGUCAUCGGAUCGGCACAACGGAUCGCGAGAAAUAGACGUAGAACCGGGAGAAUCGGAUCGCCUGCCGGACACGGUUCGGAUCGAGUGAAUACAACUACAGGGAAGAUCAUCGGCCAAUAAUCGGGGAUCGACAUACGUGAUUGAUCCGACCAGCUUGCAACUUACGGCCUCCCCGCUGGCCUGGCCAGCUACUAUGCGAAUUGAAGCUCUCAGCACCCUCGUCGCGGUGGUUUGGCUGACCGCAGUCCUGUGCCCGCGGCUUGCUGCCGCCAACAACCUGACUUCAUCCUUGUCCUCUCGGAAGGCCCGGGAACAUCCUUUCAGGGGACAUAUCUCCCGUUGGACGCAGACCUUCGAGGACACGACUAAGCGGAUGACUUAUCGAGAGAUGAACAUGAUUCUGCGACACGAAGGAGGCGAGGACGGCCUUCCAGUCGAUUGCUGCCCUACGGUAGAGGAAAUGGUGGAACCGGUCGGCGGUCGAAAUCGGGAAAACAUGUACGUGCAACUGUAUCGGGACGGCCAGAACGCCCAGAGGUUCUUCGAGUACUCUUGCAGGCCAGACGUCCUCGACAAGCCGUGCAGGUUCAUCGACCGGAAGUUCAGUAACCAGUCCAGAUGUGUGCAGAAAUUCUCGUACACUUACGCUAUCAUUGAAAAUCCUGGAUCGAUGAGUGGGAAAGAGGAACACGGAAGGCAUCGGCACAGAGAACGCAUGAUCCCUACGUUCGCUGGGAACACAGUGGGUGGAUCAAUGUGGACGUUGGACUACAUCAAGGUACGAAGUGGAUGUAGUUGCGAGAUCAUGCCAAAACUGAAGAAGAAGAAGAAAUACAAGAAGAAUAAACCAAGGGAGCAAGACUAUGAUCCGGAGACCUGAGACUGUGUUUCGAUGGAAUCAGGGUAGAUUCUACCUCCAAGCCCGUGAUACCACCGAUGAAGAUCGUUGAUGGAACCGAUGGCUAUUUAAGCUUACGACUCAAUCGAAUCAUACAAGACCCGUUUCGGAGAAAGGCAAUUCGAGCGAAGAACGGAAGAUUCGAUUUUCGGGUUGUACAGAAAUAAAAUGUUACCAGUGGAAAGAUUCUCGUCUAACAAGGUCUGAAUCGCGUAGUAUCGUUAAUAUUAAAAGUAUUCGUUCACACUGAAAAUGUCUUGACGGGAGCUUGUGACGUUUCUAAUAAUAGAUCAUUAAUUAUAAUAGCUAAUUUAGUAAAACAAUUUUAUUACCAUAUUUAUUAUUAAUAUAUAGUUUGAGAAUAUUGUAAGGUAUUAAUGCGUUAAGAUCAUAGGAAAGAGUUUCCGUCAAACCGUAUUUCUUGUACUUUUUUAUAAUAUUGAUAUUUGAAGAUAGAUUAUUCAAAAGCGAAAUCAAACAUAGUAGUACAAUGAACUUAGUAGAAUCUCCUUCGGAUAAGAUAGAUAGUAAUAGACUAUAGACUGAUAUUACGAUUCGAAAUCGUGUUAGCAUAUUUUUAUCUUUCAGUUACUAACAUUAUAGUUUUACGCUAUGUAAAGAUAUUUACUUAGAAUCGUUAGCAACGAAAGAUGUCUCGAUCAGAUUUUUAUUUAAGUCUUACUAUUCUAAUAUAUUCAUUCUGCAGCCACUUACGAUUGUAUUUAUACUUUAAAUACCUGGCUAUUUAUAAGUGGAGAGUUAAACGCAAAUGUUAUGAUAUUUAUGGAAACACAUUGUCCCCGUACUUGUUUCUCUCAUGAGUAAUAUGUAGAUUCCGAACUUCGUGUAUUCUCGAUACAAAAUACACAUUCGGUUUAAACACUAAUAUCUAAUAUAGCAGAGGAGUCUGUAAUUUGGUAUAUUUCUUCUGUAUACAUUUGUAAAAUUGUAGCAUUGUUUCCUUUACUGCAUUAUCCGUCCUAUUCGUAUCUUAGGAACUUCGAAUAAAUUUCACUGCCCUUAUUACAAACAUUCCUAUUAUUAUUUUUAUUAGGAUUGUUUUUUAUAUGGAAGGUGAAACUUAUUAUAACAUUAUCAUUCUACAAACGUCUUCAAUUCUUUUGAGAGAAUUUAAGUGUUGUGCUUUUUUCAAAAUUUUGAAAUACGUAAAUGAUAAUCCAUCGUAUUACAGGCAGUGCUAUAUGAUGAUUUAAGAAAUGAUUUUUUACUUGCAAAUUCUAAAUCAUCAUAAUUUUCUAUAACGAAAGCAGACCAACAAAAUAUUAUUAUAAUAUUUAUAGCUGUUAACAUGAAUCGUAGAACGUAAUUAUACUUAGAUCUGCGCAUAAUUUGUUGUUCAUUGAUAACGAAAAACAAAACAGGGAGCUAGUUAAAUAUAUUUAGCAUGUUAUAAGUCUAUCUAACUAUGAUGCUAUUAGUUCGUACUUUUUGACGUACAUACUGGCGAAGGAGGAUUAAAGAACGUAACAAGCGGAACGUUGCUAUUGCUAGUAACCAUGACAAUUAUUAACAAAUCUGACAUUAAGAUUGUAACAGGAAUUCAUUAAAUAUUUUAAAAUAUAAGUUAUUGGAAAGAGAAGUAUGUAAAGUCUAUUUUAUGUAUGAUUAAAUACGUAUAUACGUUUUAUAUGAGCGAGUAAUUACUAAGCACAUUUAGAUACAUGUAAAUUUUAUAUUAAUUUUAUUGCGUAAAAUGUAACACACAGAGCUGCCAUUAUUUUAAUAGAUCUUCAUUCACUUAUGUAUCUUUAGUUCUGUAAAUAUAGAAGAGUACAUAACAAUUGAGAUAAGUAGUGUUCUUCUGUGUUAUAUUAAUGUAUCAUAAAUUACAAUCUUUAUAAUUAGAAUUUAAAUGUUCUGUAACGCUGUACUUAAUUAGUUGAAUGCACAGUUAAAACUCAAAAAGGAACCAUUUGUUAUAGCAAAUGUUUUCUACUUUUAUAUAUUUAUGAAUGUACUAUAGUAAAUUACGGAAUUAGAUUUAAUUUGGCAAGAAACUUAUCCAACAGGUAUAUUCGCUUUUUCUGUCAUUAUAGCUAUUACCUUAAUAUCUUAAUAAGUGGUUUCAACUUGAUAACACUCAUGUAUUAUAAAUCACGAAUUAGGCUUGCAAUUUUACUUUUUGUACAGCCUUGUAUACAUUGUACAUAAACUAUAUUAAUACAAUUGUUAUAAAAGGUAUUUAUUAUUUCCUUUUCUAUACUUAGCUGUUAUACAGUAAUAAAACGAAUUUUUACUUGAUUCUCUGAGAAACAAAAACUCAACUCAUCAGAUUUCAAAUUUGGACUUGUAAACUUUCUAUUAUUUUCAUUCUGCCAGGCAGCAGUCUGGCAGAUCCGCGGCAGAUUCGCGACCGUAUUGGUACUAUUUCGGUCCGUUAUCCUGGCGAAUGAUUAUUUCAAAUAUCAUGCAAUCAGAUAACGUAAUAUUUUUUUUCGAUAUUACUUUUAAUUCCAAGUCUGUCUUCGCACUCAGGAUAUAAUGGAACUUUUAAAUUGAAAAUGAUUGAAAAAAAAAGUACGUCAUUCGGCUGCUACUGCUAGUAGUAACUUCCAGUGCACACGCCCCAAAAAUCGUCCAACACUGCUAUCACUCUUUAGUAAUAUAAUAUCCCCUCGGUGUGUACAGUGUUUAGACCCAUUCCGAUUCAGAUUCAAAUUAAUGGAAAAGAAAUUCGGCAUUUUUAUUUCGCUAUACUUGA